UAUACUUCUUAUUUCAAAAUUGUGAAGUUCUAACUGUAACUCAAAUCAUUCCGGUGACUUUGGAAGGUUUCAAAACAAAAUGAACCAAAAAAAAAAAGUUCGUAUGCCAUGUUUCACAUUUGGAGCUUCUGUUGGUGAAGAGCAUUAUGCAGGUGUAACUUGUUUGACUCUAUUGAAGUCAUCCUUACCUGGUGGGUGUGACUACCUAUUUACUGGGAGCAGAGAUGGCACAUUAAAGAGAUGGGCAUUGGCUGAAGAUGGUGCCGCCUGUUGUGCUACAUUUGAGUCCCAUGUUUAUUGGGUAAAUGAUGCUGUUCUUACGGGCAAUAACACAUUGGUUUCAUGCUCCUCAGACACCACUGUCAAGGUAUGGAAUGGCUUAUCUGAGGGAUCUUGUAUCAGGACACUUCGUCGGCACUCUGAUUAUGUCACUUGCCUUGCUUCAGCUGACAAAAAUAGCAAUGUUGUUACAUCUGCUGGGCUUGGUGGUGAGGUUUUCAUAUGGGACAUUGAAGGCGCACUUGCCCCAACAUCUAAGUCAAGUGAUGCAACUGAGGAAGAUUAUUCAAAUGGUGUCAGUGGUUCAGGAAGUUCAUUACCCAUUACAGGCAUCCAUAAAUCGAGCAACACCAUUUCCUUGCACACCCAGUCUCAAGGAUAUAUUCCUGUGUCUGCAAAAGGCCGUAAGGAGUCAGUAUAUGCAUUGGCAAUGAAUGAGAGCGGAUCCCUUCUUGUUUCUGGUGGAACUGAGAAGGUUGUUCGUGUCUGGGAUCCAAGAACCGGUUCGAAGAACAUGAAGCUUAAAGGUCAUACAGAUAAUAUUAGGGCACUACUUCUUGAUUCUACUGGCAGGUUCUGCUUAUCUGGGUCUUCUGAUUCCAUGAUUAGAUUGUGGGAUCUGGGUCAGCAGCGGUGUGUCCAUUCCUAUGCUGUGCAUACUGAUUCUGUAUGGGCACUUGCUAGUACUCCAACAUUUAGUCAUGUUUAUAGUGGUGGAAGAGAUCUCUCUCUAAGUGGACUCCUAAAACUUAUCCAGCAUUUGUACCUAACAGAUUUGGCAACAAGGGAAAGUAUCUUGCUUUAUACAAAGGAACACCCUAUUUUGCAGUUAGCAUUACACGGUGACAGCAUGUGGGUGGCCACAACUGAUUCUUCGGUACAUAAGUGGCCAGCAGAAGGGCGUAAUCCCCAGAAGGUUUUCGAAAGAGGGGGUUCGUUCUUGGCUGGAAACUUGUCUUUUUCCAGGGCAAGGGUUUCAUUAGAGGGAUCUACGCCUGUACCUGUCUAUGAAGAACCUUCAUUUAGCAUUUCUGGAACCCCAGGAAUAGUGCAGUAUGAGAUUUUAAAUAACAGAAGGCAUGUCCUGACCAAGGAUACUGCUGGUACAGUUAAGUUGUGGGAGAUCACAAGAGGGGCUGUAAUUCAAAACUACAGAGAGGUUUCAUUUGACAAGAAAAAGGAAGAAUUAUUUGAGAUGGUAAGCAUCCCUGCAUGGUUCACCAUGGACACUAGGCUGGGAAGCCUGGCUGUACAUUUGGAUACUCCACAAUGCUUUUCUGCUGAGAUGUACUCUGCUGACCUUAACAUCCCCGGGAAACCUGAAGAUGACAAGGUUAAUUUGGCACGAGAAACACUUAAAGGGCUGUUGGUGCAUGGGUUAAUCAAAAGAAGGCAGAAAUUUGGAUCUCAACCGUCAAGCAAUGGAGAAGUCCCAUCUGGAAAAGAUGUAUCUGUAAGGAUUUUGGCUGCAUCUAGAGUGGAAGUAGACAGUGGUGCUGAUAACGAUUCUGCUGUAUUUCCCCCCUUUGAAUUUUCAGCAGUAUCUCCUUCAUCUAUCGUGACUGAGGGCUCUCAAAGUGGUCCUUGGAGGAAAAAGAUCACAGACUUAGAUGGAACUGAAGACGAGAAGGACAUGCCUUGGUGGGUUAUAGACUGUGUGAUGAACAAUCGGCUGCCUCCCAGAGAAAAUACCAAACGUAGCUUUUAUUUGCAUCCAUGUGAAGGUUCUACAUUCCAGAUCCUUACCCAAGGCAAGCUGAGUGCACCUAGCAUAUUAAGAAUUCACAAAGUUAUCAAUUAUGUCAUAGAAAAGAUGGUUCUUGACAAGCCUUUGGAUAGUAUUAACUCGGAUGGGAGUUUUACUUCUGGAAUGCAUGGAGUUACUGGAGGAGAUGGCUCAUUCCGGACUGGGCCGAAACCUUGGCAAAAGCUUAAGCCAUCUAUAGAGAUUCUGUGCAAUAACCAGGUUUUAUCUCCUGAUAUGAGCUUAGCAACUGUCCGGGCCUAUACAUGGAAGAAACCGGAAGAUCUUGUACUUAAUUACCGUGUGUUGCAGAGCAAGUGACAGGAUGGGAAGCUGUAAGGUAUGCUUUGUUAUUUGUCUCUG